GAAUAACAAAACGCCGAUUGAUUCCCCCACAAACUUUCCAUCAUCAAUUUUUCGAAGUUUAUCCUCAGCCUCAUAAUCUAUAAACAACCGGCCCAACUCAAACUUUCCGGCUGGAUGUCCGUAUUACAUUCCUUCACAUUCACUUUUAGUGGGAAACGAUUGAGAUAUAUUGCUAAAAGGACUUUCUCUUCAACUGAAAAUGCAUUGAACAGAUAUGGACGCAAUAGUCGAAAAGAACCAUUAAAAUCAGGCAGAUCGCCCAAUAGGGAUCGAAAACAUCUAGGAGUAUCAUUCGGAGAACGAAACUGGGGUGUUGGUGAUACGUGGAACCCGUCGUUUAUUCACAGUGGUUUUAAAGACGUUGCUACAAACAUAUCAAAACCGCUCAUUCCAUUACUACGAGCACCAUACGUCGCACCUGAAUCAGGUCCACUGCAAGACCGGAAAUUCUUCUACCAGUCGCUCAUUAUUCACCAAAGGCCACCAUCAAAAAAGACAAUGGCUCCCAUCUCCAAAGAAGCGAGAGUCCAGCCAUCCGAAGCCUCGGGUGGUAUUCCCAACCCUACCAGCGAGUAUCUCGAAAGGACCUAUACCAAGCCAGACCAAGGACCCACUCCCUCCCUCCUUGCCCGCCAUCUACUCGUCGUAAUUGACCUAAACGGCACCCUCCUCUACCGUCCCAACCGCAAAAACCCCACCAAAUUUACCGCCCGGCCCCACGCCGAAAAGUUCCUACAAUACUGCAUCGACACCUUUUCCGUGAUCAUCUGGUCAUCCGCCAAAUCACAAAAUGUGAUACCCAUGUGCCAAACCAUUCUUACCCCCAAGCUCCGACAAAAAGUCAUCGCUAUUUGGGGACGCGAAACAUUCGGACUCACCGGUCAGGACUAUAAUAUGCGCGUGCAAUGUUACAAACGACUUACCAAGCUUUGGGGCGAUCCUAAGAUCGCAGCUUCGCACCCUGAUGCUCAGAAUGGUGGCAGAUGGGACCAGACAAAUACAGUUUUGAUUGAUGAUUCUAGCGAGAAAGCCCGCAGCGAACCCUAUAACUUGAUCGAAAUACCAGAAUUCUUUGGUGAUGACAAGGAAGUCGGGGAUGUCCUGCCACAGGUCCAUGAUUAUCUGAAUUUCCUCAGCAUGCAUGAAAAUGUCAGUGCUGCAAUUCGCCGUUCGCCGUUUGUGCCACUGCCCAAGGCCAAUCCUCAUGAGGCUACAGGUUUGAAUUUGCCCAUUCAUCCACCAAGAGUUCCAGGUCCUGCUAGAGUUCCAUCUCCAGUUGUUGAACCCGUGUACAAACCUUCACAUUCAAGUGAUACAGUACCAUCAAAGUAUCAACCGAUGCUCGGGAAUUCGGAUAAGUGGUGAUCUGGUCCGAUAAUGGCUUUGGUACUACUGGUAAGUUUGUCAUCUCUCAUGACGUAACGUCCUAUGAAUCGUGAUCAUUAACAAUGACAGAUAUAAUGUUUUGAAGACAUCAAGAUCACAUGGUACUUUUCUUUUUUAUGAUACCCGUUUUCAGACACACUCCCGGUGCUUAUGUAGUGGUGGUUCAGUGAGGAUCAGGAUAGCUAGCACAAGGUAUCACGGCAAUGAGUGGGCGUUCACGAUGGGUAUUUACUGUAUAGUGGCAUGAUA